GCAGAGCUUGACGUCUUCACGCAGUUCUCGGGCAAGAACCGCAAGAUUUCCGCCAAAGAACGAGUCCAAAUCAGGGAUUCGUAUAUCUGGUUUGACUGGUUCUCCGUGCCGCAGAUGGUAUGUGCACAUCGGAACGAUCCGAGAAUCCGUGCCGAACAGCUACGUUCCAUCGGAUCCAUCCCGAGUUUCAUCCAGGCUUCUGACAUGUUCAUUGCUCUGGUGCCUCCUCUCUUGAGUCGUUCCACGCGCAGCAUGGUUGGCUUUUCUAGCUGGUUGGUGCGCGGAUGGUGCAGGACGGAAAUGUGGUGCAAGCUUCUGGGCUCAGACAGAGUCGAUGCGCCGAUCUUGAUCGUCUCGGCCGCAGACAAGCUGGAGUUCGUGGGUCCUUACAGCUGGGUGCAAGCAUUGGCGCAAAAUGAAGGCGACUUCGCCAUGGAAGGUGAUCGCCUUCUAUGUCGUAGCGUGGUGCAAAGCGCUUUGGAUUUGAAGCUCGCCCGACUGGCGCAAGACAAGAAGCAAAGAUCCUGGUUUAGGUACCUUGCGGCCAGGUAUGCGGACUUCAUCGGUGCGCCUGCUCCUUCACGCAAUGCGGAGGACUUCGUGUCCCAUUUUCGUUUCCCCUCAAUGGAAGCCUGCGUGUCGACAAGAUCUGGAAUGGGCGCCGUGGCGUGUGCGGCUCUGUCGGGAGAUAUAGCUAUGCUGCGCCGGUUGGUGAAGAUGAAGGCUUCACUGGAGGCCACGAAGAUCGCGGCCCUCUGGGAAGCGGCUCUACCACUGAACGCCAGCCCUCUGAUCAUGACCCUUACCCGUGGGAAUCGAG